GUCACCAAAAACUUGCCAAGGUUUAAUUCAUAGUGACGCACCUAUAGCAUGAAUUAGCCCCUCAAAACCUGUAUGUGUAAAGAAAAUUAAAUGAGGCCGUGCUGUUUAUUACUCUUGAUUUCUUCCCUCCUACUGAUCAAUCUCAGCCCCACUUAUGCCCAACUCUACGAUGUUUGUUCAAACACCACCAGUUUUGCACCUAAUAGCCUAUUUGAAACCAAUCUUAACAUCCUUCUUCCUUCUCUAUCUUCUAAUGCAAUUAACACCGGCUUCUACAACACCUCUGUCGGCGAAUAUCCGGACCAAGUAUACGGGCUCAUUCUCUGCAGAGGUGAUAUCACCCCUGAAGUUUGCCGGAAUUGUCUGGAAACAAUCAUUGACGACGUCAAGCAACUGUGUCCUGACAGGAAAGGUGCAACAGUAUGGUUUUUGAUGUGUUUUCUGCGCUACUCUGACCAUAGAUUCUUUUCUUCAACGGAAGAGCUGGGAACCGUACACAUUCAAACUACCACGAACAUGACAGAUCCAGAUCGAUUUCUUCCAUUUGUGAAAGAUUUCAUGGGUAAUCUUUCGUUCCAGGCAGCAUUUGAUCCUUCUAAUAGCAUGUUUGCGGUGAAGAAGGAACAGUUUACGGCGUUUAUUACAGUGUAUGGUCUGAUGCAGUGCACCAGAGAUUUAUCAAGGAACGACUGUUACGAAUGCUUACAGGUCGCCAUGAAACAUUAUGAAAGUUGCUGCUAUUUUAACAGAGCGAAAAUUCUAAGGUUCAGUUGUUUCAUUAUAAUUGAAUUAUACCCCUUUUAUCAAGAUUCAAGUGCAACCCUGUCUCCUCCUUUGCCGAGCAUCACUUCAGAGGGGGAUGGAAGUAAGCAAACAAAAGUUGUUGUGGCUAGUGUACUGGCAAGUUUAUUGCUACCAGUCUUCGUCUCAUGUUUAUGCUACAUCUGGAGAAGAAAAGAGAGAACGAAAAAGAGGCAGCAUACUCUAUUGCUUGAUUUGAAAGCAAGAAGUAGUACAAACCUCUCAUGCAAAAUUAUGCAAACGGGAAAACAAGUUAAUUCUCAAGAGUUGCCGUUGAUUGACUUAGCUACUCUACAAGUUGCUACAAGUAACUUCUCUUUGGAGAAUAAACUUGGAGAGGGUGGAUUUGGUCCUGUUUACAAGGGUGUAUUGCCAAAUGGAAAGAAAAUAGCUGUAAAAAGACUUUCAAGAAGCUCAGCGCAAGGUUCAGAAGAAUUCAAGAACGAGGUUACCUUAAUUGCAAAACUUCAACACAAAAAUCUGGUAAGGCUCCUGGGAUGUUGCAUAGAGAGAGAAGAAAAGAUGCUUAUCUAUGAAUUCAUGCCAAAUAGCAGCCUCAAUGCCUUUCUCUUUGAUCGACAAAGAAAUGCUCAGUUGGAUUGGAGCAGGCGCCUCGGUAUUAUUAAUGGAGUUGCAAGAGGUCUUUUAUAUCUUCAUGAGGAUUCUCGACUCAAAAUAGUUCAUAGGGACAUAAAAGCUAGCAAUGUUUUAUUGGAUGAGGAAAUGAAUCCAAGGAUAUCUGACUUUGGCAUGGCUAGGAUCUUUGCUGUCUACCAGGAUCAAGAUAAAACCAGUAGAGUCGUGGGGACAUAUGGGUACAUGGCUCCAGAGUAUGCUAUGGCAGGGUUAUUUUCAGUGAAGUCAGAUGUUUUUAGCUUUGGGGUUCUGUUACUAGAGAUCAUAAGUGGUAAAAGGAACAAUGGCCUCCAACUACCUGAGCUUUCUCAAAGCCUCCUCACAUAUGCAUGGAGACUAUGGUCUGAAGGCAAAGGCUUGAAUUUCUUAGAUCCUUCCAUAAUUGAUUCAUGCCCAACAAGUCAAGGGUUGAGAUGCAUCCACAUUGGGUUACUGUGUGUUCAGGAAGUAGCAGCAGACAGACCCACAAUGUCGAAUGUUGUUGUCAUGCUGGGUAGUGAAUCCAUAGCUCUUCCUCAACCCAAGAAGCCAGCAUUUUUAGUUGAACAUCUUGUUAUUAAUUCGGAUCAAUCUUCAUCCAGUGCUAAUGUUGGAUCCGUCAACGAUGUAACCAUUUCAAAUGUUGCACCUAGAUAAUUAACCACAUUCACAUUUACUAUAUCAUGUUCAGAAAUUUUCCUUUU